GAGGGAGAGGCCAACAUGAGCCACAGAGGCAGAAGAACAAGAGAGCAGCUGUAGGAAAGGUCUAAGACUCAAGAACCAGAGCUGGAACCAAGAUCAGAACCAGGAUCAAAGCUGGAGUCUACAGUACAACCAGAACCUGGACCAGGAGCCGGAGCAGCUCAGUCCACCAUGUCAGACUCCCUCAGAAGAAAAAGCUCCAGCAGACAGCUCCUGCUGAACCUCAUCAGGGUGACAGCCCAGCGGAGCCAGGAGGAUGCAGAGGAGGUGGAGCGGGAGCGAAGGAGGAGAGCCAGGGAGAACCAGAGAGGAGAGGGGAGCCCCUCCCGUCCAGAGCCCCCCCAAAACAACAACAACCUCGCUCACAACGCAGAGUCAGACGAGGAGCUGAAGCCCAGCUGCUGCCUGGUUCUGGAUGAAGACGAGGGUUUCAGCGACUGGAGCCACAGGUUGGAGAACCGUAACGACCCAGAGGCGCAGGAUGACGGCAGGACCAGACAGCAGAGACCUUCGACACUACAGUGGAAACCAGACAAAGAGGAGAAACAGCAGGAGGAUAAAAAAGAGGAGCAAGGAUGGGAGCCAGAACGAAGCAGUCGAUCCCAGGGAGCUUCAUCAAGACCUCCAGAGAAGUUGUCCUGCAAGAAAAAGGAAGCGAGGACGUCAUACAGCUCGUCAGUCUUCAUGCCGCAGGACACCAGACUGCAGCACGCCAGCGGCCAACCAGCAGACAGGACUUCAUACCUGGCAGCAGGGACGAUGAAGCCACGUGGGGGCGCCUGCCAGUUGGAUGGAGCGGUGAAGCAGGAGGUGCAGAAGGUGCAGCAGGAGGAGGUGCAGGCAGCUUUGCAGAGGGAGUGGGGGGCAGCAGAAACCAUGCAGAGCCCCGCUGAUGAAGAUGACCAGGAGGAAGAAGAGCUGAGAUUCACACAUGACGAAAAGGAAGACCUUCAUCUGGAGGCAGAGGAGAGACAAACAGUGGAGGAAGAUGUGCAGAGGAUGCUAGAUGAGAGAUCAAUGGAGGACAGAGACUGGAGGAGUGAGGAGAUCAACAGGGAGUCUGCAGCUUCUGUUUGCAGCAGCGGGAAAGGAGAGGAGCAGUUGAACUGUUACGGUCCCAUGAGCCCGACAUUCAAGAAACUCCUCAUUCAGUUUUACCCAGAUGAAGUGAACAGCAGAGUCUCAACUGACGGUAAAUGCACGAUCACAGAGCGAACCGAAUCUCUGAGGAAAAGCACCGGCAAUAUAAAGAAGACGCCUCCUCCUGCUCCCGUGUCCAAGAUCGACAAAAGACUGGAGCAGUACACGCACGCCCUCGAGCUGUCCACAAAGGAAGGCAGAUCAGGCGUUCAGCCGCUGACGGAUCUGAUGAAUCCCACUGAACCCGUCGCCUCCAAAAAGAACCUGUUUGAGGCCGGAGACGCCUGGAACCAAAACACCAUCUCGGUCGCUCCAUCGAAGGAUGCAGAUGGUUUAAAGGUCGGAGUGGCUGAUCUCAUCAACCAGUGGGUGAAAGGAGGAGAAGAUGGAAGCAGGUGCAGCUCGCCCUCCAAACCAGCAGAAAUUAAACCCGGUGAUGUUUUAAACAAGAAGAACUUAUGGGAGGGCAUCACUGAUACUUUAUCCUCUGGAAAGGAAGGCAAGGAGUGCUCUGCUGGUAAAAGAUAUAAAUUUGUGGUGACGGGUCACGGCAAGUACGAGAAGGUUCCUGUUGACGACUGCAGUGACGAUGCAAACUACCCGCCAGAUGGAGAGUACCAUGAGGAUUUGUAAAAUACAUGCUGGACUUUUGGAAAGGAAGGAAAUUUAUGAUAAAGCACAACUUUUAGCCACUAACACUUCAUCAUUCUCUGCAUUUCAACCAUUAGGUUACAAAUGUCUCUGUCAUUCCUUGUCUUAAUUUUACAAAAAUCUAGGGACACAAGAAGUGAAUCUUUUCUCUGUUUACUCAUUUUAUCCUGUGAAUAAUAUGUUUUUUCGGUAACAGUUUAACUUUGAAUACAAUGAAAUAAAAAAUAAUUUUAAAAGGA